AUGGAAGCCUACCUCCCACCAAGGUACUACGAGCCGCACGACGGUCUCCUCAUCAUCGCCCUCGCCAUGAGCUUCGUCAUGUUCGUUCUAAUUGCUAGCUAUAAAGUGGCAGCGUACGGCAUAACCGCCAAGUCAAGCCCAGAAAUCGGCAUGAGCAAGAAAGAGCUCCAGGAUCUUGUGAGCAAGGCCGUACGCGGCGAAGUAGGGAUCCUCGAGAGGCGUACGGCGGCGCGUGCGAGCCUGCUCGACGAAGCCAUCGACAUGGUGCACCAGCACGAAGUCUGCAUAGCGGCGCUGGAAGAGAAAUACGACAAGGCUAUGGAGGAUAUGGGCGCCCUCCGUGCCUUGGUCAACAUCACCACUCCCAACAACCCCCUGGCCAUACCAUCUGUACAGUCUCCGCCGUCCGAGUGCAGCUCAUGGGCACCCAGCUACCAUCCUUACAACUCAGACGACGGCAGCAUCUACAGCGUUGAAGACUACGAGUCUGAGCCGCGAGUCUCAUCGUUACCUGAUCAAGCGCCUGAAGUCUCCAGCCAUCAACUUGAUUCGGCGCUGGGAGAUGAGCUCGCUGAGUUGGGCGGGUGGGGCCUGGACCUAGAGGCAUCCGAGGAAGACGAAGAUGGUAACACCACUGACCAGGAUGCAGAAAGCGAGACAGACGAUGAGUACGAUGAACCAGAACCGUCUGUCCCUUGCACUCGCAGCGAGCUGAAGGUUGGCAGAAAGCCAAUUAGACCGCUGUCAAAGUGCAAGACGAAGGGUCCUAGCACCCUUCAAGGAUUGGUGGGGAGAUCUUCAGGUAUGUUUUUUGUAACGGAACCCAACUCCUAA